UCAUUUUAAUUGGCAUUAAAAAUGAUCAGUUGAAUAUAAAAUUGAAGUUGACAAAAAUACUGUUAUAAUUUAGUUAUAUUAAGGGUGGACAUUAAAUACAAUUGAAUUCUACAAACUCCAAAUUCAAUACAAACAUGAUAGACCUACCAACCCCAUUUCCUUUCCAGCUUCCCCUUUAAAUAUCACUCUUUAACCUCCCUCUUCAAUUAAUACCCAACCUACAACGGGCAGAUAUUCACAGACGACAUUUAUACACAGUUCUCGUCUAGUUUGGCUAGACACCAAAUUGGUUAAUGGUCAAGAAAAUGAAGCUCCCUACACUAUUCAACAAAAAAGAACCAACCAGGCAACCUUGGCAAUGGCCCUCAUGCAAGCACCCUAAGACCCUUUCCUUCAGAGCAGGAGAUGAAGUGUUCAAGACUGUUAACUGGAUGUUUUUUGAGCCCAAUGAUGGUGCUGAAACGCCUGAAUCAUGGUUCACAAACUCUUCAGAGUCAGCAAGUUUUCCCACGGAGUCAGAUUGGGGCUUUGAUGGGGAUUCAUUGGAGAUGGUUGUACGAGGAGCGCGAUCAGACAGGCUGUUCUUCGAGCCUGGUGGCACUAGUUCAAUCCUGGAGGAGCCCAAAGGUGGAGGGUUUCCAUUCAAAGAAAGUGUAGUUCUAGCUAUGGAGUCAGAUGAUCCGUAUGUUGAUUUUAGAAGGUCGAUGGAAGAGAUGGUGGAGACACAUGGGCUGAAAGAUUGGAAGUCCUUGGAAGAGUUAUUGGGCUGGUAUUUGAAGGUCAAUGGCAAGAACAAUCAUGGAUUUAUAAUUGGUGCCUUCCUUGACCUGCUUGUGGCUAUUACUGCUACUUCUUCUGAUUCCACUUCUUAUUCUUCUCCUGUUUCUUCUUUUCCUUCAUCUCCUUUGUGUUCAACUGAAGGAGAUAAUCAUGAGAUUGAGGAAGAAAACAUUGUUUUGCCUUAGCAUGAUUCGUAUAUAUAUAAAUAUAUAUAUAUAUAUAUAUGUUUUUUGUUUUAUGUGUACAUUGUUACCAGU